UUGCUUUUCAACACUGAUUCCCAUGCGCUGCUGAAACAUUCGUUAAUUAUUUUUAAGAUCGCUUCAAAGAUGUCCUUCUUACGCAGUGCCGCUGGUUUCCUGGCGCGUGUCAAGGUCUUGGAAGGUGCAACCACAGUGCAAACACGGCGCCACAUCAAACGCUGGGUUUCGCCGACGUUACGUGAGCUCGCUCACCGGCAGAAGAAACUGGGACCUCAAAAACCAGAGGCGCGGUCCGGAUUUCUGGAGUGGAACCAGCGCUCAGAGCUGUUCGCAUUUGGCAAGCGAUUGGGAGAAUCCUUUGAACUGUCCCAGCUACAACGGGCCUUCACAGAGAAAUCCUUCGCCCGGCGCGAGGAGGAGCGGCGUCGGAAGCUGGGCAUUGAGGAGACGGACCUCCAGGUGCCCGACAACAGCGAUUUGGCCGAAAAGGGCCACCAUAUUGCGCGCGCUUACGUGAAUGCCUUUCUGCAGCACCAGCUGCCAAAAGUCCCUAAAGAAGGACUCCAGGCGAUUGCUGCUUAUCUGCUUAGCACAGAGACCCUAGCUCACGUCUCCUCCCAUCUGGGAAGCAAGGAUCUGAUCCAAUCCACGGAGUACCCGCCCACUGCCGAAAGUCUGGCCCAAUCCCUGCAGGCGGUGAUCGGCGCCCUAGCGGAUUCCAGCGGCGUCGAAAGAGCUUUCCUCUUUGUCCGCGAUUUCAUCUGCACCCAACUGAACCAAAAAGACCUGCUGGAUGUGUGGACACCCCAGGAUCCCCUCCAACUUCUCGAGAAGAUCUGCAAGGAGCGAAAGCUGGGCGAAGCAGAGCCACGCCUGCUCGGAGAUUGCGGUCGGAACACAGUGCUGGCCGCCUACCAAGUUGGCAUCUACGCCAAUCGCCAGCUACUGGGCAAAGGAUUCGGCGAGGACCUUAAGACGGCGACGGAAACGGCGGCCAUCGACGGCCUCCAGAGCAUCUUCGACACCCACGACAACCGACGACCCUUCGACUUUGCUAUAAAGCUAGAGACCAAAAACGUGCGACUGGGCUGAGAAACGGAACGGGGUCGUCUGCGUCCUGGUUGAUUAUUGUAAUUUGCACUAAACACAUGUACGCAGAGAAAGUUGCGUUUUAAAAUCAUUUAACUACUAGUGAA